AUGGUUGAUCAGGCUGGCCUGGACGUAUGGACUUUGGAAUCAGAGAUUCAACUUUUCCAUGCAAUAUUGAAUCACAAACCUGUCGGCGCAGAUCGUCAUUUUCAGAUGAUAUAUGUAUGCAACCUUGUAAACUCGUAUGUGAGUGAUCCAAUUAGUGCAGAUACUAUUUGGAAAAAGCUAGGUUCGUUGUAUAACAUGGAAGAGUUGCACGACUCUGAAGUUAAUCCGUUUCAAGCAAAGAUGAAAGAAUUCAACCUCCCAGAGGAGUAUGACUCCCUAAAAUCUUUGAAGUAUCCUCGUGUGACAUCACAGAGUGGCAUAUCUGUUUCUCGAUCUCCACGUACUGAUCCCUUUAGUCAAAAACGAACAAGGAAAUCUUUGCGUUCAGUUGACUCAAACACAGCUCUAGUUUCUUCAACUAACUCACCAGUUACUACAACCGUUAGUUCUGUUACUUCACGAGAAAAAAGACGUUGA